AUGGAACUGUCUUUCUCUCGGGAGGUAGUCUUCCUCCUACUGAUCCAAAUCGCGCCCUCUCGUUAUCUCGUUCGUGCCUGUCUACUUUCCGCCGUCUGGACUGUGCUGUGGCCACACCAUAAUAUUCAUCAAUAUGGUAUAACGUCUUUCUGGCGUCCCAUUUUCCUCUCCAUCUUCUGCGUCCGGACCUUAACCAACCCCCUUCUUGUAAGCCCCUACAGCCUUCCUCCUCCCAAACGUCUCCCUCCCCCUUGGCCCCGCACCUUUCAACAUGAUCCAUGUCCAAAUUCUCCUUCUCCCUCUCUUUCUCUUAAUUAUCUCUUUCUCCUCGGCCCAGCCGCUGAUCUCCCCGAACGUCGACUAUGA